CUGCUGUCGUAUGCUUCCAUCGUUCUAUUCUCCCUUAUAAAACGCGAUUCCAAAACCACACAAUGGACAAGCCCUUUAUCCUCAGAAUCUCAGAACUUGCAAUCCUCGUUUUGUUCGCUUCAGUUUGCUUAACAAUGUCGGAUUCCGCCGCCACACCGCUGGACCAGCACGCCACCGGUUCUUCCCCUGCACCGGCGGUUCACAUCAUCUACACCGAGAGGCCACAGGAUGAGGAGCCUGAGGCUUACCACAUCCGAACCCUCUCCGCCGUUCUUGGCAGCGAGGAGGCUGCCAAGGAAGCUUUGUUGUACAGUUACAAAUCUGCAGCUAGUGGGUUUUCUGCUAAGCUUACUCCGGAGCAGGUUGAACAGAUUUCAAAGCAACCAGGUGUUCUUCAAGUUGUUCCGAGCAGGACAUAUCAGCUGCAUGGAGCAAAUAAUCUGCAGUAAAGAAUGCCAAACUAGACAUGUAUCUGUUCCAAACUGUUUUCUAUAUCGUGUGUAAACUAAACUAGUGUGGCUUACUUAGCCUUUAUACUUAUGUCAAUAAACACGGGAUCAAUGUAUAAUACACUGUAUCGUGCUUCAUGUUUA